AUGAGCCAAGACUUUGAAGCCACGCAGGCGUCGUUCUAUGAUGAUGGGUAUGGCAUGGACGGUGAAGGCGCAGGCGAGGACUACGAGGAGAUCACCCAGGAAGAUUGCUGGACGGUCAUCUCAAGCUUCUUCGAUCAGAAGGGUCUCGUGCGGCAGCAGCUGGACUCGUUCGACGAGUUCGUCCAGAAUACCAUGCAAGAACUUGUCGAUGAAAACGCGGACCUCAUUCUCGAUCAGGCGGACCAACAUACAGGUCAUGAAUCCGAUGUCACUCGCCGCUACGAGAUCAAGUUUGGACAGAUUUACCUCUCGAGACCGACUGUCACGGAGGCAGACGGCUCUGUCGUCCCUAUAUUCCCUCAAGAAGCCCGUUUGCGGAAUCUCACCUACUCCGCACCGCUAUACAUCGAGAUGAAGAAGCGCGUACUUCUGGGGCGGGAGGACCCGGACAGUGCCACCGGGGACAUGGUCUGGGAGACUGAGCACGAUGACAACCCUGAGGACACACGAAAAGUGUGGAUAGGAAAGGUCCCCAUCAUGCUUCGGUCCACGUUUUGCAUCUUGCACGGUCUUGAGGACGACGAACUCUACGAUCUCAAUGAGUGCCCGUAUGAUUCUGGAGGAUACUUCAUCAUUAACGGCUCGGAGAAGGUGCUCAUUGCCCAGGAGCGCAUGGCCACCAACCACGUAUACGUCUUCGCGAAAGCGCAACCCUCCCCCAUCAGUUUCCUUGCCGAGAUUCGUAGCGCCGUCGAGAAGGGUGGAAAGACGAUCAGUCAGUUCCAAGUGAAGCUUUAUCAUCGAAGCCAGGAGCGUUCGCUCGGGAACGUCAUGAAGGCUACCAUUCCCUACAUCAAGGUCGACAUCCCGAUCUGGGUGGUGUUCCGUGCACUCGGCGUGAUCUCCGACCGUGACAUUUUGGAACAUAUUUGCUACGACAUGCAGGACAACCAGAUGUUGGAGAUGCUCAAGCCGUGUAUAGACGAGGGUUUCGUUAUCCAGGACCGCGAGAUUGCACUGGACUACAUCGGUAAUCGUGGAACUACGACUGGUCUCAACCGUGAGCGACGUCUGCGCUAUGCUCAGGAGAUUCUGCAGAAGGAGAUGCUUCCCCAUGUCUCGAUGGCCGAAGGUUCGGAGUCCAAGAAAGCCUACUUCUUCGGCUACAUGAUCCAUCGUCUCCUGCUUGCGGCCCUCGAGCGGAGGGACCUUGACGAUCGUGAUCAUUUCGGAAAGAAGCGUCUCGAUCUUGCCGGCCCUCUCUUAGCGAACCUCUUCCGUAUGCUGUUCCGCAAGCUGACGAAGGAUGUCUACCGCUACCUCCAGAAGUGCGUUGAGACCCACAAGGAGUUCCAGUUGGGCCUCGCUGUGAAGCACAACACCAUCACGAACGGACUGAAGUACUCCCUUGCCACCGGCAACUGGGGAGACCAGAAGAAGACCAUGUCGUCCAAGGCUGGUGUCUCUCAGGUGCUCAACCGAUACACAUACGCCUCUACGUUGUCGCAUUUGCGUCGGUGUAACACUCCUCUCGGUCGUGAAGGCAAGAUCGCCAAGCCCCGUCAGCUCCACAACACCCACUGGGGAAUGGUCUGCCCUGCGGAAACGCCGGAAGGACAGGCUUGUGGCCUCGUCAAGAACUUGUCGCUCAUGUCUUGCAUCUCUGUCGGUUCGCUCUCCGCGCCAGUCAUCGAGUUCUUGGAGGAGUGGGGGCUGGAGUCCCUGGAGGAGAACGCACAUUCGUCGACGCCCUGCACAAAGGUGUUCGUCAACGGAGUCUGGAUGGGUGUGCACCGCGACCCUGCAAACCUCGUCAAGACAAUCAAGAAGCUGCGUCGGAAGGACGACAUUAGUGCCGAGGUCUCCGUGGUCCGCGACAUCCGCGAGCGCGAGCUCCGUCUCUACACCGACGCCGGACGUGUCUGCCGUCCACUCUUCAUUGUCGAAAACCAGCAGCUGCUUCUGCAGAAGAAGCACAUUGAAAACCUCGCUCGCGGGAAGGAGGAACCCGAGAAGGAUGCAACCAAGUUCGAGUACAAGUGGGACAACCUGAUCAAGGACGGUGUCAUCGAGCUCUUGGAUGCGGAGGAAGAGGAGACCGUCAUGAUCUGCAUGACGCCGGAGGACCUCGAGAACUCCAGGCUGCAGUCGGCGGGCAUCGACCCUCACGAGAACGACGGCGAGCUUGACCCGUCUGCCCGCCUGAAGGCGCCGACGAACGCGCAUACUUGGACACAUUGCGAGAUUCAUCCUAGCAUGAUCUUGGGUGUUUGUGCUAGUAUCAUUCCUUUCCCCGAUCACAACCAGUCCCCCCGUAACACCUACCAGUCUGCCAUGGGUAAACAGGCGAUGGGUAUCUACCUAACGAACUUCCUCGUGCGCAUGGACACCAUGGCGAACAUUCUCUACUACCCCCAGAAGCCCCUUGCGACCACGCGUUCCAUGGAGUACCUCAAGUUCCGCGAACUGCCCGCUGGCCAGAACGCCGUUGUCGCCAUUCUGUGCUACAGCGGUUACAACCAGGAAGAUUCCGUCAUCAUGAACCAGAGCUCUAUCGACCGAGGUCUCUUUCGGAGUAUGUACUACCGGAGCUACAUGGACCUCGAGAAGAAGAGCGGUAUCCAGCAGCUGGAGGAGUUCGAGAAGCCGACGCGCGACUCGACGCUGCGGAUGAAGCACGGCACGUAUGACAAGCUGGAGGACGAUGGUCUCAUCGCGCCCGGCACGAAUGUCAACGGCGAGGACAUCAUCAUCGGCAAGACCGCGCCCAUCCCGCCCGACAGCGAGGAGCUCGGCCAGCGCACGCGGACGCACACGAAGCGCGACGUCUCGACACCGCUCAAGAGCACGGAGCAGGGUAUCAUCGACCAGGUGCUCAUCACGACGAACGCGGAGGGCCAGAAGUUUGUGAAGAUCCGUGUCCGCUCGACGCGUAUCCCCCAGAUCGGCGACAAGUUCGCCUCGCGUCACGGGCAGAAGGGUACCAUCGGUAUCACCUACCGCCAGGAGGACAUGCCGUUCACGGCGGAGGGCAUCACGCCCGACAUCAUCAUCAACCCGCACGCUAUUCCUUCCCGUAUGACCAUCGGGCAUUUGGUCGAGUGUCUGCUCUCGAAGGUCGCGACGCUCAUCGGAAACGAGGGCGACGCGACGCCGUUCACGGACCUUACCGUCGAGUCCGUCUCGCAGUUCCUCCGCCAGAAGGGCUACCAGUCGCGUGGGCUCGAGAUCAUGUACCACGGCCACACCGGGCGCAAGAUCCAGGCGCAGGUGUACCUCGGCCCGACGUACUACCAGCGGCUGAAGCACAUGGUCGACGACAAGAUCCACUCGCGUGCCCGUGGGCCCGUGCAGAUCCUCACGCGCCAGCCGGUCGAGGGUCGUAGUCGUGACGGUGGCCUGCGGUUCGGAGAGAUGGAGCGCGACUGCAUGAUCUCGCAUGGUGUGGCUGCGUUCUUGAAGGAGCGUCUGUUCGAGGCGAGCGAUGCCUAUCGUCUGCAUGUUUGCGACAUUUGCGGUCUUACGGCUAUUGCCAACCUCAAAAAGCAAACCUUCGAAUGCCGCGCGUGCAGGAACAAGACUGCGUGUUCACAGAUCUACAUCCCUUAUGCCGCGAAGCUCCUGUUCCAGGAACUGCAAAGCAUGAACAUCGCAGCCCGCUUGUACACGACGUCGACGGGUCGUAUCAGGGAUUAA